CUCGCCGGAUUGGAGCGGGGUGAACUCCAAGUUCCACAAUGCACCGGGGCAUGGUGCAGGUGGGCAGGCACGGGAGUGAGGUGCGGCUGGCGCGUUCACCUGGGCUUGGGAGUGUUUACUUCUGUCAGCGCCAGGGCGAAGCGAAACUCCGCAAACCACGAGGAAAUCACCACGGUGGACACCACAUCUCCAGGGACUGUACCUAUUUGAAGUGCAAUAAUAUCGUGAGUGGAGGGGGAGGGGGCCGGUGUUGACGAUAGGAUUUCUGAUGUGAGAACCAAUCAAAAUGGCUGGCAGAACACAUUCUCCUAGACAUGCACGCAGCAAGUCAGAAGGAACACUAAUUGACCUGGAUGAAAACCCAUCAGCUACUCAUGUAUUUUUAAAAGAGAACAGCAAUUUUCCGGGAAUUUCGAAUGGACAAGAAUCUGAUCUAUUACAAGACUGGGAUAAGCUAGUAUUUGACCAGCCUAACUAUGCUGUUUCUCAGAGCACAAAUCCAUUUUGGAAUGGUCUGUCAGGAUCAAACCCAUUUUUAGACGACAUUGCCAAAGAAAGUGACAGUAAUAUAGUAAACCCAUCAUCUGCAUUAAAUAAGAACACACUGUUACUGUUUGAUAAUCCAAGGACUGCAGAAUCCAUUGGCUCCUCAGCUGAUGGAUUGGAUAUUGACAACCUGAUCUAUAUUGGAAGACCGUUUGCAAAGCAGCAUGGAAGGUGGAAAAGUGCUUCGGAUAUUUUGGAUUUUUCAAACAAAGAAGUUGUUCCUCAGAAUCGUCCAGUGAGCCAAUUUAUUGCCCCGAAUUUGGAAUCUUUUCAAAAUGACAGAGAAGCUUACAAAAUGGCAUGGCUGAGCCAUAGACAAUUAACUAGAUCAUGCCUUGAUUUGGAUAUGGUAAGUCAAAAUCCUGGAUGGGGGCAAACCCAGGCUGUUGAAACACAUAUCAUCUGUAAGAUGGACCAUAAAGGGGGAUCACUUCAUUUGCCUGAAUCAGAUGUAAGUGUUCAUAUACCUGAAGGUCAUGUUCCACCUGGUGAAAUCCAAGAAGUGGCAAUAAAGUCCUUGCUUGAACCACCUCAGGUGCUUAAUAAUGAUUGUUGUACAACUAUUGGGCCAUUAUUGGAGCUAAAACUGAGCAAUUUCAACACUAGAGAUUUUAUCUCUUUGGAUAUGAAGGUGACAGCUGAGGUGAAAACUGAUCCAAUGAGUCAAGUUAUGACUGAAGUUGUAUGCCUUUGGAGUGCUGGUAAAGAGGGCCCUUUUGAGAAGGUGCACAAUAUUUAUAUAUACAAAGAUGUUAUGCAAGUAAAACUCGAAAAUUUGAGUCCUUGUAUGUAUAUUGUACCAGCGAUUGAAGCAAGAUCCAUUCAGCCUCCAGCAUUGACAGUAUGGGAUUAUCUUAACAAAAUGAUUACUAUUGGAGUUUAUGGCCCCAAACACAUUCAUCCAGUUUUUACUGCAGUUUGCACAAUCUUUUGUCACAAUGAAAUCCCACAGAGACUUGCAGAUAUGAAGAAAAACAAUAAAAAUUUGCCACCGGUUGUUCUUCAACUUUGGGGAAAACAUCAAUUUCAUUUAGAGAGGCCGCAAGAUCUUCAAUUUUCAAUUCUUCCCUCUGACACAAAGUAUGAAGUACAGGAAACCGAUCAGAACAAGCAAAUUAAAAGAAUCUUGUUAACAAUGGGUAGGACAAUUCGGCAGCCAUUUUCAUUGUCUAUGUCUAAAACUGGAGAAGUUAAUUCAUUUCAACUUGUGAUUCAGGUUAAAGGUGCCAACCAUGAUAUUAUAACAGAAUUCAGUGUGCAGACACCUAUGCCAACAGCCAAGUCAAAUGUGAAAAGACGUUAUCAAAAACGGAAAGAGUCACCAACACCCAGUCCUUCACAUGAAACAUCAUCUGUCAAGCAUCCCAUAUUUAAGGAGAGAGAGAUAAAUAUUAUUAAGUAUGGAGUGGCCCUGAAGCCUGUGCUGAGACAACCAAAAAUUGAAUACUUAUUGGAAUAUUUUAAAGGUGACACUAUUGCACUACUUGGGUUGGACAAAGUCAAAGUAAUAGGUCAAACAAGAACCAAAGAAUGGUAUGUUGGUUUCUUGCGUGGAAAGGUUGGCCUUGUGCAUUGCAAAAAUGUGAAGCUUAUUUCUAAGGAGCAGGUCAUGGACUUUUCAGAUGUGAAAGUUACAACCAAGAUGUUGCUUGAUCAAAUUACCUUUCCUCUUAAGAAACUGACGUACAUGUAUUCAUCUGUCCGUGCAAUUGUCACAGAGAAUAUUUCCAGUUGGAAGCCAUUUGCUGAAGUGCUUGGAUACACUGAUCUCCCACUGGAUAAAAUCUCUAGGACUCCAGUUGAGAGUGAAUCAGAAAGAGUUGCAUGUAUACUGGAGAAACUCAAAGAAGACUGCCACGCUAGCGGUAACAAGAUAAAGAGAAAAUUUCUGCAUGAAAUUGUUCUGGGACUGUUAAAGUUAGAUUUCCAAGGAAUAGUGGUUCGUCUUGUACAGGAUGUUGUUAUGCUCUCAACAGCUGUGGAGCUCAGCAGUCGUUGGAGGGAGCUGGCAGAAAAACUAGCCAAGCUCUCAAAACAGCAAAUGGAUGCAUAUGAAGCACCUCACAGAACUCGAAGUGGAGAAGUCAGCCAGGAGACCAUGUGGAAACCUGCAUAUGACUUUCUUUACACAUGGAGCACAAAGUUUGGAGAUGGAUACCGGGAUGUACUACAAGAACUGCAAAAUGCACUGGAUAAAAUGAAAAGCCCAAUUACAAGGCAUUGGAGACAUCUAACUGGAGUGCUUAUUUUGGUGAAUUGUAUGGAAAUAUUAAGGGCCGCUGCAUUCCCCAAGCAUGAAGAGGAAUAAUUUAUUUAUUUAAACCAUUAUGAAAUACAAGCAAUAUCAGUUUUUAACCCAUGGUGAAUGAGAGCAGAGUUUUCUUAUAAUAUAUUUGCUUGUAUGAUAGACAUAACAGGUUGAGAUUUAGGAUGCUUGUGUGCCUCCUAUGGCUUGAAAAAUUAGCUGAAAAAUGAUGAGCAAUUUUUUUAAAAAUUAGUUGAUCAUGUUAUUUUCCCAACAUAUCCAAUUCAAUAUUCAUACAGGAUGACUUUUAUUAAGGAAGCAGUUCAUGAUGCUUGGGAAAACACUGGGAAAAGUGGCUAUGUGCAGCCUAGUUUCAUUUUGCUUUCAAGUCAGAUUUGCUCUGAAAUUUACACUUAAAUUCAGAAAAUUAUAAUCACAUUCAAAUUAAAUUCUACUUGAUGUUCCAAAUGCUUUAAUGUAACAGAAGCAUGCAAAGAUCCUGUAUACUGCACAUAGGAUUUGUUUUUUAGGGCAGGAUGAUCGCCCAAUUCACCUAACUCAGAUAUUUUUUUCUUAUUUUACUUUGUCACUAACGUGUGUCUGUAUUUGGAUUUGAAUGUGCAAUUAUUUUCUCUUUGAGAAUUAUUCCGCACCAAGCCAAUAUCUGAACCUGUAAUGAAUCAUUGGGGUCAUGAAUUAACAUGAUAAUCCCCUUGUGUUUUCUCCACUGCAUCCAGAUGAUUAUUGCCAAAACAUCUAAUGUGCUAGAUGUAAUACACAAACAAAUGAACAGUGGGUUUGAAUUAUUUCCUGGAACUUGCCUGCAAUAACAGAAAUAAAAAUCCAAAUUUGGUUACAGGGAAAGUGGAGAUUUUGAGGAAAUAUGCCUUUUGUUUUUAAAACUGCUUCCACCUUUUCUGACUUGCAUGACUUUCACUAUUUCUAACUGAAUGGCCAUCUGCCAUUUCGCUAUGCAACUGCUGAUCUUCAGUAAUUAGUGUGUAGGAUAACGGUUUGGAUUCUUAACAAAAUAAUUUGUGAAAGCCAGUGUUGUAUUCUUUUUAUUGCCUUUUGUAUUCACCUAUUUUAUUUGGUUAACUAGACACUCAUUUUCCCUCAUUUCCUGGUUGUAUUUUAGGACUGGAUCUUCUACAUUUGAUUUUGUGUCUAAUAAAUAUAAUACAUCUUAUUACUAGAAAAAAUGAAUAUCAGGAAUGUCUCAUUUUCCUAAUGUAUAUAAAAUUUUGAAGCAGAAAAUAUUGCAAGCUGUACAGUGCUAAGUAUAAUAGAACUUAACAGGGUUAUAAAUUAAACCAUUUUUCAUGCAAGUAUUGUACAACUAUUUUAUAGGGGCAAUUGUAACAAUUAAGUACUGUUUAUCAAUAAAAGUUUUCCAGAUG